AUGGUCUCCCACAGAUCCACCAAAGGAGCGUCCAAAGCCCGACGGGACCACAUCAAUCACGAGAUCAGGAAAAUGCGGGCUCUGCUGCCCACCACCCACGAGGACCAGGAGCGUCUGUCCUACCUGCACUCCAUGUCAGCCAUCUGCACCUACAUCAGGAAGUCUGUCCUCCUCCGGGGCGUCCUCCCUGGGGACGGAUCUCACUGCUCUCUACCGUACGAGGCCUUUCUCCAGGCUCUGCACGGCUUCAUCCUGGUCACCACCUCCCAGGGGAAACUGGUCUAUGUGUCGGAAAAUGUAGCAGAAUACCUGGGUCUGUCAAUGAUUGACGUGCUUCAAGGAGACACUUUCUAUGACAUGCUGGAACCCUCUGAUGUCGAUGAUGUCAAAUCAAACCUUGACAUGGAAAACAGCUUAUCAGGAGAGCGAAGCUUCACAUGUUGUAUGCAAACCUCCAAGGCCUUCAAGCUGCACCACAGCAGCUACUGCUCCAUGCUGGUCAGGGGCAGCUUCCAGUCCGUCCCUCUGCCCCGUCCGUCCUCCUCUGCCGCCCCCGAGUCUCUGUUUGUGGCCCUGUGCACCCCCACAGUGAACCGGCUGAGCAGCUCCGACUCCAGCUUCUGUCACAGCUUCACCAGCAUCCACAGGCUGGACAUGAGCUUCACUCAGCUGUCAGACAGUGUUUUAUACUAUCUGGGGUAUUCAGCCGAUGAGAUGACCGGGCGAUCGUGGUACAGCCUCGUCCACCCUGAAGACCUUUUGCUGAGUGCAGAUUCUCACAGAAGUAUAAUGGAAACAGAUGAUGGCUUCCAGGUGGAGAUGGUGCUGAGACUCCAGUGCAAGGAUCUGUCAUGGGCCUGGGUCUACACUCGAGCUAACAAGGACACCGAGUGUCAGGGCAUCAGUUGCACUAACCACAUCAUCAGUGAAACAGAGGCCAGAUUCCUGCAGAAGGAAAUUGGCAGCGAUGCCUUCAGGCCAUCAUCUCCGGCGAACUCCUGCCAUAUUGCAGCUCAACAGGCGCCACACUCUCAGACCUACAAUAAUACUAAAUCUUUCAAAAGGCAGAGGAGUUCCGACAGCCAGAGCGAAGAGCCUGCAGGUGCCAGAGUGAGGAGAGAGUCGGAGCAAGGCUACGCGGCGUGUGUCUACUCCCGAGAUGGGAGCUCACCUGUUCCCUCGGGUGAUGUCCCCACCUCUCUCUUCACGCCUCCCUACAGCCCGGCCUCCUCCGGCUCCCCUCUGCAGCAGGAAGAGCUCAGCCAUGACCUCCUGAUGGAUGUGCACGGCUACAGCGAUCAGCUGCUGUCCUCCCCGGAGGCCUCUCCCUCCUACUACUCCUACCCAGAGGCAGCGCUCACCUGCCACCCAAGGCCCUCCGACCCCCUCCCCGCGGCCGCUGAACACUCCUUUUACCAGGCAGCCUUGGGUGAGGUCAGGCCGCCCUCUCCGCUCUCCACCUCAUCUCCAAACUAUGAUUUCCAGUCUUGUACAUCUGAUGCUCGAUUGGUUCCAGACUGCCUGUCGGCGUCCGACAUGUGUGGGAGCCUGGCGGAAUGUGCUCUGCAUCAAGACAAUUACAGCCUUCUAGAGCAGCCAGAAGGGGGCGACCUUUUGCAAGUGCAACAUGUGCCCCACCACCAUGUGAUGCAUGCACACUCCAGUCUUCUAACCCCCAACCAGUCUCCUACGUCCUCAGAGUCUAACCAGUACAAUGAGAGGGAGCAGGCAGAGAUCAGUAUCCUGGCGCAGCAGAUUUCCUCUCUGGCCAGUAGCUUUGACAUGUAUCACACGAUAAAGCCCCUUCAGCGUACGGCUCACAGCCCCCUGCCCUCAGCCUGUGACUGGCCCCAGCACCCACCUCACCCCUCUGUCCUUCCUCUCAAGUGUGACCUGGUCCUCGACGACGGCGUGAUCGACAGCAUCCUGAAAGACCUGGACACGGCCACAAGAAAAAGCAGCACGUCCGACCCCCCUGAUGUGUCGUACACCUAUCAGCAGGGUUUAGUGUGCAGCAGGAGCGGGCCCCGUCAUUUGGAGCAGGAGCCCCUCGGCCCCUCCACGGCCACCCCAGAGGAGACGCUGCCUGCUGAGCGGUUCACUGCCAUGGUUCCCUUCAGUUUGCAGUUGGCACGCUUUGACCAAAACACUGGGUUGCAUCAACUCAACCACAAUAUGCACAUUAGCCUUCAGCAAGACGGACUUGCUAAAGAACACCUGUACUGAAAUAAGUCUGUGACUUACUGUGCUAGCAGUUGUAUGACAUAUUGUCAGGACAAUCUUCCUUCGCUGGAUCCAAAGAAGAACUUGAACAAAGACGUUUAAAGGACGUCUUUGUUCAGAAAGUUUCCCCCUGCUGACGUAUUUGUGAAUGUAGAAAAGAAUCUUAAGCAGAUGCUUUUCUCUUCAGGGCUACAGCUUUGUCUUCAUUCCUCCAGACUGCUGUCUACUCUCUUUAGUGUUUUACUAUAUUUUAUGAAACAGGUACAGUCAACACUUACACGCUGACAUGGAGAUAUAUUUUUCCUCUAAUACGAAGUGACCACAGUUUACUAUCCAGCACUUUAUCAUGUCUUUGCCACCAGAGGUGUAUAAAUAAGAAGAUGAGACCUAGA